UCCUCGACUCACCUUGCCUACUCUCUAAACCUUCACAACAUCACAACCGCUUUCUCCCAGUAGUUGUCUUUUAGAAAGUAACCAUGGAGCUCACCAAGUUCCUCUCCUUCCUCGCAGUUGUCCUGCCCGUUGCCUACGGUGCCCCCGCCCAGGCCGCGACCAGCCUCCACCCCGAGAUCCUGGCCGCCAUGAAGCGCGACUUGGGGCUGAACGCCGAGGAGGCCACUGCUCGCGUCGCCUUCGAGCACCAGGCCACCGACAUCAUCAAGCAGCUGCGCACUUCGGCUGGUGACUCAUUCGCCGGUGCCUGGAUCUCCGAGGACGGCGCCAUCCUCAACGUCGGCGUCACUGACGAGGCCUUGGCCGCCGAGGUGACCGCUGCUGGUGCCACGCCCGCCGUCGUUGCCAACAGCUUCUCCAAGCUCGAGGAGGCCAAGCUGGCUCUGGACAAGCUGGACAUCGAGCAGCCCGUCACCCGCGACACGGACUCGGCCGACUCGGGCAUCGCUUCGUACUACGUCGACGUCGCCGCCAACAAGCUCAUCCUGGAGGCGCUCGCCGGCAGCGUCCCCCACGCCGAGGCUCUGGCGGCGAAGGUCGGUCUCGCCGCAUCCGAGUUCGAGGUGCGAACCGUUGAGGAGCUGCCGACCACCUUCAUCCGCGGUGGCGACGCCUACUACAUCAACCGAUCCGGCCGUUGCUCUGUCGGCUUCUCCGUCACCACUGGUUUCGUCACGGCCGGCCACUGCGGUAGCGUUGGUGCCACUGCCACCACCAGCAGCACCGGCGGGUCGCUGGGAACUUUCUCGGGCUCCGUUUUCCCCGGCAGCGCCGACAUGGCCUUCGUCCGCACUGUCAGUGGAACCACCCUCAGCGGCCAGAUCAACGGCUACGGCCGUGGCAACCUGCCCGUCUCGGGCAGCACCGUGGCCGCCGUCGGAUCCAGCAUCUGCCGCUCCGGCUCCACCACCGGUGUCUACUGCGGCACCGUUGGCGCCCUCGGCGCGACGGUCAGCUACUCCCAGGGACGUGUCACCGGUCUCACCCGUACCAGUGUGUGCGCCGAGCCCGGUGACUCCGGUGGUUCUUUCUACUCCGGCGCCCAGGCUCAGGGUGUCACCUCCGGAGGCUCCGGCAACUGCGCUUCCGGCGGCACCACCUACUUCCAGCCCGUCAACGAGAUUCUGUCCACCUACGGCCUCACCCUGGUCCGUGGUUAAUCGCCCACUUAUCUCGGCCGUCGGCACCGCCAGAGCGGAGAUGCAUCUUUCCAUUUCCGCUUUCGUUUCCAUUCAGCAUCAGUCUCCACCGGCGAAGGAACUCCUACUUCACGCAACUCUUCUCCGUCAUCUAACGAUUUGAGUGGUGUCUGGCCCAUCCGGCAUCUUUGAAACCAGACUGGAUUGCACCAAGUGCAAUUGCGGAGGCUUUGGACUGCUUGUGUUACUCGGGCUGCUAGGCGCAUGGUUGUCAACUAGCGAAAGCGGGUUAGUUCAGUGAAGAAUUGUGAGCGCAUUCAAUACAGUAUUCUACAUAAUGGUUUUCC